CUCAGACAGACACACACACACACAAACUCUGAGGCAGACACGCAAUUCAGGACUUCUGAAACGGCGAAAUGUAGAUAAGUUGUGGGAAGGGGAUAAAUGGUGUUGGUGGGCCACAAUCCGCCUCCACGGGUUUCCUCUACCGACGGUUCCAUCCCCUUCCUGAUCUCGGAGACACGACACGAUGGACGAGAACGAGACCAUUGCGAGGAGGCAUCUCGCAGGAACUGAUUCACAGGCCCCUUCGGGAGAUGAACCUGAUGUAUCGUACGUGGAACUUGAUGUCACGUCCCUCUCGGCGCCCCGGGUUCGCAGAGAUGAAGACGGCCUGACCUCCACCUACGCAGAGCUGAACUUUCCGAAAGACGAGCCCCUCAUCAAAGAGGAUGAGUCUCCUCCAAAUGCCUCGGAAGCCCGAAAGCUGCCAAACAGUGGCCACACAGGUCCACAUAAACGGGAGUCAAAAGAGAACAUCGGAAAUACACCGUACCGGAAGAUCUGCCUAUUCUGUCUCGUUGCAUCCGCCCUUAUCGCGAUAGUGGCCGGGCUCUCGAUCUAUGUGUUACAGAUACGUCAGUCUCAAAUCACCUCCAACCGAAACCAACAGAUACUCUGCCAAUUCCUGAAAACUAGUAGAGAGCAAUCGUGUUCCCAGGACUGGAUCAAAAAUGAAGACCGCUGUUAUUUCAUAUCCACGUUGGAAACAUCUUACGAUGGAGCGAAGAAAAAUUGUUCAAACUUUGAUGCAAGAUUGCUGGAAAUAAAUUCAAAAGAGGAGGAGAAUGCUGUUUCAAACGCUCUCGUUCAUCAAGACAGAACAUAUUGGAUUGCAAAAUGCGCACACGGGGAAGCGGUUUCCAGUCUUAUGUACAAGCAUUACAGUGGAACGUCCGCCUGCGGUAACUGCGACUCGAAACAAUGGAGGGACCUUUGCAAUGGUCAACACCAUUUCAUCUGCGAGAAGUCUGAACAUUUGUUCAAGCAUAUUCCCGAAAAGAUCCAGGAUCUCUGUCAACAGUCCCUAAGAACAACUUGAAUCACAUUACAAUCCGUUUUCCUCCCCCGUCUCUCUGCACCACUCUUAUCCUCACAGUCCCUUUACUCCCACUCUGUCCCUCCCCCAACCAUUCUCCUACACAACUCGCAUCUCCUUCCCCCCAACACUCUCCUACAUUCAUUUUUCUCCACCAAUCUCCUUCUUUCUCGCCAUCUAUCCCACUCUUCUCUCCCUCUGCACCGUUCUCCACACCCCCUUCUCUGUUACCUAUCUCCCUCUUCUCCACCCACUCUCACCACACUCUUGGGCACUCUAUUCCACAUAUUCCUCACCCUGGGGUAAACGACUGGGCGCAUUCACUCUAUCUACGCCCCUCGAGGUUUUAUACCCUAUAAUGUCACCCUUGCUCCCCAAAGAAUAAACUCCUCACGCCAGCCCGGUUUCCACAACUCAGCCACGCGAAUCCCGGCAACAUCCUCUUAAUCUCCCUCUGCACUCUUUCCAGCUCAUCUUUCCUACAGCAGGGCGACCAGAACCGAACACAGUACUCCAGGUGUCGGUUCACCGAUGUCUUGUACAACUGCAAUGUGACCUCCCGACUCCUGUACUCAGAGAGGACCAGCGUGCCACAUGUCCUGUCUAUCUGCAUCGCGUGUUUGUCAUGGGAAUCAUCAUCUGAUUUAUUGUCUGUGACUUACCCCACCGUAGAGCUGAUCAUUUGUACAAUCAGUACUGUGCAAAGAUGUAAAUUUAAUGUGUUCCAAAAAUUAAUAAAUACAUCAA